AUGCAGAACAGAACAGGAGAGGGGACCGUGGACUUGGAGCAGGGGAGAGGAGCUGGGGAGGAGGAGGGGAGUGGAGCAGGGGAGAGGAGCUGGGAGGGGAGUGGCCAGAGGGGGAGGGGAGAGGAGCAGGGGAGGACCUUGCGCUUGCGGACGAGCAGCUUCCAGGCCGGCGGGGAGGAGCUCGCCCAGCGGGGAGGAGGGCGUCCGGCGGCGGCGGGGAGGAGGACGUCCGGCAACGGCGGGGAGGAGGGCGUCCGGCGGGGAGGAGGGCGUCCGGCGGGCAGGAGCUCGACCUGUAAGGGGCAAAUGGCAGCCACGCGGGAAUCCUCGGCCUUAUUCACGCCGUGCGGCCGCCUGGGCGCGCAAUCACGCGGGAAAGCUCGCGCCCUCGACCGCAGCCGCCAAAAUUUCCGCGGCCCGCGCGCGUCCGCCUACGCGCCGCCUAGCGCGCUUCAGCGCCGACUCGACGCCGCCUAA